AUGAGAGAGGUAGCAGAGGAUAGAAUCAGUAAUUUACCGGACUCACUUCUUCAUCAUAUCCUUUCGUUUCUAGGUAUCAAGGAUGGUGCUCGUACUAGCAUAAUAUCAAAAAGAUGGAACUACAUUUGGACCACUAUCCCCACCCUUCAUUUUGAGAACACCAUUUCUCCGAGGAACCCCAUUUGGAUCACUAUCGCCACCGAGGAAUUCAUGGAUUUUGUGGAUGGUACAUUGCAUCGUCAUAAUACGUCAAACAUAGACAAGUUCUCUUUCACCUGGGAUCGCCACUUGAAAGAAUCUCGGGUUCGGUCUUGGAUCUCUAAUGUGAUAAGGGGUAAUCUUAAAGAGCUCGGUCUAAAGUUAAACCAACGUGGAGACAACCCAUUGUUUAUAUCGUUGAAACUAAAUACUUAUCCUAGUAUCCGCCUUCCUAAAUAUAUCACUUUUCCAAGACUCAAGUGCCUUGAACUCUCUGAAUUUGAUUAUAGCAGUGAGUGCUGGAAUGAGAAACUCUUUUCAAAUUCACCCGUCCUUGAAGAACUGAUUCUUAGAUUCAGCAUUUGCAGUAUGAGGAAUUUCUCUAUUGCAAUCCCUACACUUAAACUCCUGAAGAUUGAUAGUCCGGAAAAUGGUUUACAAGACUGUGUUUUCAAAAUCGAUGCACCAAGGCUUGUCAGUUUCACCUACUGGAGCUCUGAGGCAAAAGAAUUUGUCUUUCCCAGCUUCCGGUUCUGGCUAUCUGCCCCAGGUAUGUAUAAUGACAGUUUGCUUUCAGGUAUUUACUGGGAACCCAACGGAGCUGAUGUGGGUGAAUCUGAUAUUGAGGAAUGCAAAAGCUUUGGAAAUGAUGACUGUCCGUUACAGUGA